UCUGGAGCGGUGUUAAAUGGAGAAUUCUGAAGAAGCAGGUGAAGAAGUAGUUAUUAGAAGUAGUUUCGUAGGAGCUCAGUAUUUUCGCUGUCUUUUGUCUGCUUGUGCCUGUGGGACAAUAAUGUUUCGGUUAUUUCUUGAAGAAUGAACCAGAGUCUUAAUUGAGCAAUACAAUUAGUAAAGGGUCUGUUUGUUAGGUUGUAUACAGAUUGAAUCUGGGUCUAAAUAAGUGUAGGCCUAAAACAAGGGAAACGAAACCUGUGGAUCAUGGGAUAUUGUCUCAGAGUAGAUGACUAUCGUCAUAUUGCUGAUGAGUCUGAUUCUGCAGGUUCUCCCUAUAUGAAAAGAGGGUCCUGGUGUAGGCACAUUAAGUUUUUGCAACGGGGAAAGGAGUGGCUUAGUGCCAAAAAGGCUAGUUUCUACAGAAGUGUUAUUAUGGAUGAUAAUGAAGCGAUGCUUGGCUGUUGCAGAUUAAGUUGGAGACAUGUAUUCUGGAGGAUCAGAGCUGAAUUGAAGAGAAUGAUUAAGCCAAGAUCUGCACCAAGAUUAGGGUAUGAUCCCUUAAGCUAUGCCCAGAACUUUGAUGAUGGAGAUUAUACAGAUGCCGCGGAUGCCCGGCGCUAUAGUUUCGUAAUAAGAUGAAAAUCGUUGUAAAAUUUGGCUAUGCAGCAGGCCUUUGUGUGUUUUUAGUGAUAUUUCUCGAUCUAUCUGUCUGGCAGAGCAGCUUUCUGUAAUAUUGCAACUGUACAAUGCCCAUAUUAGAUAAUAAUUUUAUUCAGAAGGGCAAGCUCCGCCCUGCAAAUGUUUAUUA